UUUUUCACCGGAGAGCCAGUCACACCCAUUUUGAUUUAUACCAAAGUGACUCAGUGUAUUCAUUCAUUCGUGUUCUUCACUCGCUCUUGCAUGAUAUUACCUGCGACAGAAGACCGCUUUUCAUAGUAAGGUAUUUUCCAUCUCAUACAGGUAUGACCAUGUUAUUUUGCAAAGAAACAGUACUACGACCUGCUUUGGUUAGCAGUCUUGUGGUAGUGUGCUUCCUUGGUCUCUUCAACAUGUACAACAACCCCAACAUCUUCUCCUACUUUUCAAACAAGAUGCUUGAAGGAAAAGCAUUUUAUGUCAGUCCAGGCAUGCAAAAUCAAGAGGGGAAUCAAACUAAGGUCCCCAAUCAAACCACACCACAUUACCAGAAAGCAGAAAAGCAGAACAUUCAAGUGAUCUCCAGAGAUGACAAUCCAGAAACGGACACUAUUCUCUUGAUCUGGAUGUGGCCAUUUGGAAGUUCUUUUGACAUUCACUCAUGUGCUGAUUUCAACAUUCAAGGCUGUCACUUGACCGACGACAAGAGCCUUUAUAAUAAAGCACACGGUGUCCUCUUUCAUCACCGGGACAUCCAUGGAGAUCUAGGCAAUAUGCCACGAGAACCACGACCCUGGUUCCAAAAAUGGGUGUGGUUUAAUGCUGAAUCACCAGCCAAUUCUAACAAAUGGCCAAAAUGUGACAACAUUUUUAAUCUGACCACAAACUAUCGACAUGAUUCCUCUGUGCCUGUUCCUUAUGGUUCUUUAGUUGAGGUAACAGGUGUGGAAAAACACUUUGAGCUGCCAACGAAGGAUAAAUUGGUGUGCUGGAUUGUGAGCAACUGGCACCCAUCCUUCAGAAGAGUUCAGGUCUACACUGAGCUGAGUAAGCAUGUCAAAGUAGAGGCCUUUGGACAACACUUUGGUAAAUACGUGAACAACGAAGACUAUACAAAAACCAUUUCUGGAUGCAAAUUUUACCUGUCCUUUGAAAAUUCAAUCUUCAAUGACUAUAUCACUGAGAAGUUGUACAAUGCCAUGAGUUUAGGAGCAGUCCCAGUAGUUCUGGGCCCAUCCAGGCAAAUAUAUGAAAACUUCAUUCCAGCAGACUCUUUUCUUCACGUAGAUGACUUCCCCAAUCAAAAGGAACUGGCAGAUCGGCUGCUUUUCCUCGACACUAAAGAGGAGGAGUACAUGAAGUACCACAGCUGGAGGAAAAGAUUUAAAGUUAAAAUAGGGCAAUUUGGACUAGAACAUGCAUGUCGAUCAUGUGAUUACAUUAGACGGAAUAAACGAUACAAUGCUAUUAACAAUCUGAAUCAAUGGUACUGGGGCUGAAUAUAGGCUGCUUGUGGUGACCAUAAAUGUUUUAGCACACUUUCAAAAGGGUUUGAAUGUUGGGAUAAACUUACUACUUUAAGGACUAAUGCUUGUAUUGCCUUAAGGCCUCGGGUAUUUGUGCUUAUAUCAUAGACAAGCUUAGUAAUAUGAUUUCCAACAUUCAAAUCAGACAGAAUGUGGCUAUAGGUAUUGUUGACCAAUAUCAUGACUGUUGAAGGUAUGAUUGUUAUAUACAACACACUUAAAAAUAUAUAUUUAAUUAAUUAUUCCGUAGAACUCCAUGAAGGUUACUGUGGUUAUGUAACUCCAGUUAUGUGCCUGUGGUUGAGACAAAUAUAGUCAAAGUUAUAACUGGAAAAUUCAGAUUUGAUAAUGUUACCUACUGUGCAGCUGGGUAAUUUCCAAGGUACAAAAGUUACAUUUGACAUCAGACCCAGUCACAAUUGGAUGGGAUUUAUAUUAUUGUCAUUUCACAUUGUUCAUCAAUUUGUUUCACAAUUCAAUGUUAUAAUCACAAAGCAAUGUCAUGCAGCACAUUGCUACUGUUUGAGCUAUUCCAAAUCAACAGCAACUUUCGUUUUUCACAUUAACAUUUUAAAAGACAUGUCUGGUUUGUUUAAGGAUAAUUGAAAUAUAAUGAUUUAACCAAAUAUUGAUGAUAAAAGCACAAGUGUUAAAGUUA